AUGUCACAAAUUGUCAGUUCUCAAGACGAUUUUAAGGUUCCCGACGUGACGAUCCAAGCCUUGAAACCCCGAGGAUUCCGAGCAUUUAUUGAAGAUGCGCCAAACAUAAGCCUAUUCGCUUUUCAAGGAAGAAUAAACAAAGCAAUUGGACAAGAUGAUAUCGGUGAAAUAUCAGCCGAGGUGACGACAGCAAAGGACGGCAGGUGGAUUUACGAGGAUCCUAACCUACAGUUGAAAGUCGGCGAUACUAUCAAUUACUACGUGUUUAUUGUUCACAACCGCAAAGGAUACGUGAAGGAUAAACUAACAUUUACCGUUGGAGAACUUGUGGAGGAUAAGGGCUUACCCCAAAAAGGGACUACGGACUGCCGUCCUAGUAUCACUUUGCUACGAGUCGGGACCGCGUGCGCCGGUCAGACAGUAUUCGAAGAAAAUUUCAACAGCUUGCGCGAGGAUGUGUGGCAAAUUGAGCAAUACGUACCCGAUCAGCCUGAGUACCCCUUCGUUUCAUAUCAGAGGCCACCUAUCGCCCAGACAGUGACUGUGGACAAUGGAAAUCUGAGGAUCGAGCCUCAGUUGCAACAGGAGCAGCCUGGCUUCAGCAACGAGUCCAUGUACUCCGGCUCGUUGAAUUUAUUUAGCGGAUGUACUAGAACAGCAGAGUCUUGCACCAUAAGCGCGUGGGGUGCUAGCAUUCUACCGCCAGUGGUGAGCGGUCGCAUCACCAGUAAAACAUUCGCUUUUACGUACGGCACCGUUGAGUUGAGAGCCAAAUUACCCGAAGGCGAUUGGUUAUAUCCUGAAAUACUAUUAGAGUCUGUAUUAAAGAAGUACGGAACGCUCAACUACGCUUCGGGAGUAAUAAGGGUAGCAGGUGCGCUCGGCAACCGACAGCUUAGACUUGGACCUACUGAUUAUGGGAAUAAGAUUUUGUAUGGCGGGCCAAUUAUGGAUUUACGGUGUAAAGACGUGCUCAUGGGAAGGAAGGAACUGUUCAAUGGGCGAGUGUGGAGUGAAGAUUUUCAUAUAUAUACAAUGCGUUGGACGCCAGAUAGACUGACGUUCAUGGUGGAUGGCGAGGAGUGGCUUAGAGUAGACCCAGCGGCGAGUGGACUGCAGGGACGCUUUGAUAGUCGUUGUGAGAUACCGCGUCCUCUUCUAUCCUUGGGCAGCCAAAUGGCGCCCUUUGACGACCACUUCCAAUUGACUUUUGGCGUAGCAGCCGGUGGCAUAACGGAGUUCAAAGACAAUGUUGUCUCAGGCGAUGGGACUCCCAAGCCAUGGAGCAACCGCAACCGGAAGGCCAGCCUGAACUUCUGGAAGGAUCUGUCAGUAUGGCGGCCCACGUGGCGCGAACCCGCACUAGUCAUAGAUUAUGUAAAAGUGAAAGCAUUG